UCCCGGUGGGGGGAUGUGCGACAAGCUGCCGUGAUGUCCCAAGUAAAAGUCACAGUGGAUGCAUUAAGGAGCCACCAGGACUGUGCUGACAGGUACUCCAAUAUGGCCACUGUCAGCUCCACGGCCGAUAUUGGAAAUUCAUUGAGCAAGGGGUCACCAUGCGAGACCUCCGCCGGUGCGGGUGUUAGCCGCCGGAGCCGAGCCCUACAGUCUCCAGCGAGGAGACGCCUGCGCACUACCUUCAGCCACAAGCAGCUGGAACAGCUGGAGAUGGCCUUUGGACAGAACCAGUAUCCUGAUAUCUACUUCAGAGAGGAGUUGGCACGGAUCACAAAACUCAACGAGGCUCGAAUUCAGGUGUGGUUUCAGAACAGAAGAGCCAAACAGCGCAAACACGAGCGGCUCUCCCAAAAAUCGAACCCAUCGGGGCUGAUGUCAGGCCGCAGGGCACUACUGGGGACAAUGCACGUCACGACUCCUGUGGCUCGGCAGUACUACGCCCAGCCCCUGGCCCACAUUCCCCACGUAGCUACAGUGCUCCCUGCCAGGGUGUACCCCCACCACCCCCAAGGUCCGGUUAGCCCGUGCCCAUCCAUCCCACCACUGGCGACCUCUCAGCACCAGCAUGAAGAAUGGUACAACCAUAUGAGAAGCAACCUGACCUCAACAAUGUUGUCUUUGUCAUCCAUGCAGAACCUUGAACCUUCCUCUCACUGGAGUUAA